AUGGGAUGGGGGUUCUCUUAUGGGGUGAGGGAAGGGGCAACACAAACAAAAUAUGUUGUCAAUUUGGAAGCUAGAACUUGCAGCUGUAAUGCAUGGCAAAUAAGUGGGAUUCCAUGCAAACAUGCAGUGGUUGCAAUUUGGAACAAAGUUGAUCAACCAGAACAUUAUGUUAACCCAUUCUUCACCAAAUCAGUGUAUUUGAAGGCAUAUGACUACUUGUUGGAGCCUAUAAAUGGAGCAGAAGAGUGGCCUAGUUCAGAAACUUUGGUAAAUGCACCAAAACUCAAGAAAGUGCACAAUAGGCGCCAAGUGAAGAGAAGGAAGGCAGCUGGAGAAGUUACAAGUUCAGGGAAAUUGAAAAAAACAGGCUCAGUAAUGACAUGCAGCCUAUGUGGUGUUCAAGGGCAUAACAAGAGAGGUUGCAAGAAUGUACCUACAGAGUCUGUGCGCAUGGGUGCAAGUGAGUCAACUAGUAGCCGUGCACAGAAUGUACCUACUGUACCCAUGCACCAUAGAGGUGUAGGUGUAUACACCUACCCAAGUGGCUACCAAAGAGUUGCUACUCUCCAACCACAGCAGCCACCACAGCAACAACAGCCACCACAACAGCCACCUACUCAACCCCUCAAUCACACAAUCCCACAAAGAAGAGUAGCAUGUUAUUCAGAUUAUGAGGGUGAGCAGACCAUAUAUUCAUUCAGCCAAGAAUACUCAUUUAGCCAGUCACAACCAGGGGGUUCACAAGCUUCACAAACAAUAACUAGCCAAGCCUUACAGGACCUAGCAAUGGCUAGAAGGAUGCAAAGGAGAAAAUAGUUGAAAGUUGCUUUGUACCUGAUUAAUGGAAGGUGAUGAAGUUGAUUUUUUUUUGCUGCUGAUGGAAGAACACCAAUAUCAGAAAUUUUUCGUGUUGUGGAAGUUCUUAUUUUUUGCUGCUCCUGAUUUCUUGAGAGAGAUGAUUUUUUGAAUGUUAAUAUAUCUGUUAAUAUGGUUCAGUU